AUGGACGCUAACCGUCCGGGCGCGUUCCUGCUGAGCAGCGCGCCCCUGGCCGCACUGCACAACAUGGCUGAGAUGAAGACGUCUCUGUUCCCAUACGCGCUGCAGGGUCCGGCCAGCUUCAAGGCGCCCGCACUGGGUGGCCUCGGCGCGCAGUUGCCUCUAGGCACUCCGCACGGCAUCAGCGACAUCCUCGGGCGGCCAGUGGGCGCGGCGGGAGGCGGCCUUCUGGGCAGCCUGCCGCGCCUCAACGGGCUUGCCUCGUCGGCCGGCGUCUAUUUCGGGCCUGCGGCUGCGGUGGCGCGCGGUUACCCCAAGCCGCUGGCCGAACUGCCCGGACGCCCGCCCAUCUUCUGGCCCGGGGUGGUACAGGGCUCGCCCUGGAGGGACCCGCGCCUGGCCGGCCCGACCCAAGCCGGCGGGGUCCUGGACAAGGACGGCAAGAAGAAGCAUUCCCGACCGACCUUCUCUGGCCAGCAGAUUUUCGCACUGGAGAAGACUUUUGAACAGACCAAGUACCUGGCGGGCCCCGAGCGCGCGCGGCUCGCCUAUUCUCUUGGCAUGACGGAGAGCCAGGUGAAGGUGUGGUUCCAGAAUCGCAGGACCAAGUGGCGUAAGCGGCACGCGGCGGAGAUGGCGUCGGCCAAAAAGAAGCAGGACUCGGAUGCAGAGAAGAUGAAGGUGGGCAGCUCAGACGCAGAGGACGACGACGAGUACAACCGGCCCCUGGACCCCAACUCAGAUGAUGAGAAGAUCACGCGGCUGCUCAAAAAGCACAAGCCCUCGAACUUGACGCUGGUCAGCCCGUGCGGCGGCGCGGGGGACGCAUUGUGA